AUGCCAAGAGACCAGGUAAUCUCCUGCCGAGUCGAAAUGGGGCCACUGCUUGACGUUGAACUCGGCAACACGAUCGGACCUGACGAAUCUGCCGAAGAAAGACUCAAGGCAGCACGAAUCCGGUUUCAAAAGGCUGAAAAGGCCGUCAGCGAAGCAUGGGCAACCGGUGUUUUCAGCAAGGUGGAAUUGGCCGAAACGGAGAUGAGAAUUUCACAAGCGGAGAUGCGUAGCGCAGAGAAGCAGUUCCGGGAUGCACGAAAAGAACAGCGAAGCAGUCGGAUCGAACAGGCGGAAGCAAAGAUCAAAGAGGCCAAGACAAGCUACGAUGAAGCCAAGCGAAGUGGUGAUGCGUACAGGAUUGGAAUAGCGCACGAUGCGUACUGGGGUCUCAAGGUUGAGCAGGCCCAAAAGAAAUACGAAACAGCCAUGCGACGCGGAGAACACUUGUUGAUAGAGUUCUGGAUGAAAGAGUGGGAACGGGCCAAAGCAAUGUGCAGCGACUAUACCAAUGCAAGAGAACCCCAAGGAUGGGAGAUGCUCGAAGAUCACGAGAUCGAGACAACGAAAUUACCAAAGUCGCACUCGACUUCCCCGAUCUGUCGGAUUGAGAUUCCUUGGUAUGUCAACAAGAAUGAAGUGCGAAAGAUGUGUGCCAAGGCAUACGGUCUCCUUAGAGAACGAGAAAACCUUGUCCAGUGCUGUAUCACCCGCAAGUGGGGCGAUGCUCGGCAAGUUGUCGGCGUACGAAUCCUUUCUUUGUCCACCCCGCAAGGCAUUCUCGAGGAGCUCAACUUGGACGGAGGCAAAUUGUGGGACGUUCGAAACACCCUCCCACUCUUGUGGAAGAUUCAAAAGGCAUUUGUCAGCCAAAGACUCUGCAUCGUGUCAGCUGCAGACAAUGCAUAUGAGGCACUCUAUCGCAUCAAGAUCCUCGACCCAUCGCUGGCACACGAACGAUACCGAGGAAGCAAGACGUUCAAGUCUCUCGAUGGUGAUACAUUCACACUCCCUACCCUGAGUGACGGUACAAGCUGUUUCACGAGGUUGCUUUCAUACCAUGCACAGAAGAGUUUUGAACAUGCCGAGAAAAUGAAUUGGGUCUUUCUAACCGAUCCACGCCCGGUCGUCUAUGGCAGCCCCCUCGACUGCGAUUCGAUCUCUUUUGUGGCUGACGAGAAAGGAGGAUGCAGCAACGCGGAACGCGUGUCAGCCCAGUAG